GCAUUAAAGAUACCUUGAGUCAAAUCUGGAUGCUGAAUCAGUCGCCAUCAACCUCCAGUCAGUCCGCCGCUGCAGGUUAAUCACUCAUCAUGAGGAUUGAUCAACUCUCGCUGCUGCUUUUGUCAGCUCUGCUGCACAGGACAUUCGCACAGCUGCGUCAGUAUGUCUAUGUGCCGGUGUCUGUGAACUGGACGGACGCACAGAAGUACUGUAGACAGCGUUACACAGAUCUCAUCACCAUUUAUGGCCAGGCGGAUCUUGAUGAACUGCAGAAAACUGCUGGAAUGGGAAACGUUUGGCUUGGACUACAUCGGACUCAAGGUAAUGGCGACUUUGUCUGGUCAGAUCGGAGAAGCUCCUCGUUCAGAAAAUGGAAUUUUGGACAACCGAAUGCUCAGUUGUGUGUUAAUACUUAUAAUGGCAACUGGUAUGACCGCGACUGUGAAGACUAUGCUCCUUUUGCGUGUUACAUUGAGAAGAAGAGACAGGUAAUUAGAGUAGAGGUGAAAUCGGGACAAAAUGUGAAUGAUCCUGUGGUGAUGAAGGAGAUUUUGGAGAAGAUGGAGCGGACACUGAAGGAGAAGGGUUUGGCACAAUAUGCUAAACUUUCAUUCAGAACCCAGUCCAAUGGGAACGUCUUCCAAAAGAAGUACCAGAUGAAUAACACUAAACCAACUUGUGUUUAAAAACUGAGGGAAAAAAACAUUAGCACUUAACUAACUAAACAUAUUUGUGUGACACAUUAUUCACUCAUUUAAGCGGAUUACUGGGGAGAAGUCUCUCACAGUCUUGUCUUUGUCUUUAUAGUUAUUGUUACACCACGUUAAUAUGCCAAAUAAAACACAUUUUAUAGUUGUUGUU